AUGACCUGGGAUAAACACUCUACAACCGUCACUAUGGCUCUAGCUGAUGAAGCCCCAUCCAUAGGCCGUGUCGCCCCCAAAUGGCGUGGCACCCAGGCCGAUCAGGCAGACAUGAAUGCCUUGGGAAGAGAUCAGGUCUUGCGGCGUAACUUCCGAUUCAUCUCUAUUGUAGGAUUUGGCUGCACGCUGAUUGCCACGUGGGAGGUUGUUUUGACUUUGCUGGCACAAGGUCUGACUGAUGGAGGAACUGCAGGUUUGAUCUGGGGUUACCUCAUUGUCGCUGCUGGGUUCUUUCUGGUAUUCCUGAGUCUGGCUGAGAUGGCAUCUAUGGCUCCCACAUCUGGCGGGCAAUACCACUGGGUAUCAGAGUUCGCCCCUCCUAGCUGCCAGAAAUUCCUCAGCUACAUCACUGGCUGGCUGUGUGCUACGGGAUGGCAAUGUGCUAUCGUGUCCAUUGCGUUCUUGGCCGGAACUAUCAUUCAAGGUCUGAUCGUGCUGAACAACCCGGAAUACGACUUCCAGCGGUGGCACGGUACCUUGCUAGUGAUCGCCAUUACUUUGUUUUCGAUCAUUUUUAACACCUUCCUGGCUAAGCGAUUGCCAUUUGUGGAGGUAUUGAUUCUGAUCCUACAUGUGUGCGGUCUGUUUGCCAUCGUUAUUCCACUGUGGGUGCUUGGUCCCCGCCGCAGCGCGACGCAGGUGUUCACCGAAUUCAACAACGGCGGCGACUGGAAUAGUGCGGGAACCGCUACACUUGUCGGAUUCUCGACCACUAUUACAGCGCUGAUUGGUUAUGAUUGUGCGGUGCAUAUGUCGGAGGAGAUCAAGGAUGCGUCCGAGACCCUACCUAAGGCGAUGAUCACGUCUGUCUCUGUCAACGCUGCUUGCGGCUUCUUAAUGCUGGUGACAAUCUGCUUCACGCUAGGCGACAUCGACGACAUCCUAGCCAGUCCCACGGGGUACCCAUUCAUGCAGGUGUUCUAUAAUGCGACCGAGAGUCUUCCAGGAACGAACACCAUGACCGCAAUCAUUGUACUGACAUUAACGGCGAGCACAAUCACAGAAGUAGCAACGGCAUCACGCCAGCUGUGGUCUUUUGCGCGUGAUCGUGGCCUUCCUUUCUCGGAUUUCUUCGGAUAUGUCAACCCCGGCUGGAACAUUCCCUUAAACUCCGUGAUGGUCUCGUUGGCAGUGACUGUCCUCUUGUCGCUCAUCAACAUUGGUUCUACAACCGCACUUCUUGCCAUUGUGACCCUGGCCAUCGGCGCCAUGAUGUCCUCGUACAUCAUCACGAUUGCUUGCCUUCUGCUCAAGCGUAUCAGAGGGGAGCCACUCCCACCACACAGAUGGACGCUAGGCCGAUACGGCAUGGCAAUCAACAUUGGAGCGCUGUGCUUUCUGUUGCCGGUCUUUGUUUUUGCCUUCUUCCCCCUCACCUCUACUGUGGACCCAGAUACCAUGAACUGGUCAGCAGUGAUGUACGGCGGAAUUAUGAUCAUCGCCGUGGUGUAUUAUGUGCUGCGGGGACGGCACCACUACAUCCCGCCCGUGGCACUAGUGAACCGCGAGAUGUAA